UAUAUAUCCUCCAAAGACCCUUCCUCUGCUUCACUUCUGUUCUCUCACUCGUUCAUUCUCUUACUUUUUGAGACUUACAAACAUGGAUCUGGAAAAACAAACAAGAAAUGUAGACGAAGAGGAGAAGACACACAUAUACAAGAGAAUAAAAACACUAACAUUAAUGUGGACUAAUAUGAUCUUGAGAGCUUUUAUGUUGCUGAUAUUGAUCGAAACUUCUAGGAAAAUGAUGAUGUUCAUUCGCUCCUGGGAUGAAGUGUUGGUUAGUGAUGAUGAUGUUGGUGUUGAUUAUGUGCACCUGUUUUAUGCACUCAUCGGAUUCAUAAGUUGGUUGGUAUUUUCAAUUUCGCUUUCCUCUGUCCAAUUUGUUGGGUUGCCUCUACAUUGUUUGCUUGAUAUGGCUGAUGUUGCUAUUGGUCAUUCUUUUGUUCUUGCUCUGGCCGUUGAUUUUGGUAUUGUUUGA